AUGGCUGCCCACAGAAGACAAAGAUCUCAUCUUCCUUCUCCACCAGUCUCCCCGUCCCAGCAAACACCCCGGCCACUUCCUCUUCCUCUUCCAACAGAGAUGACAAGAUACAAAAAUUGGCAAACAGCUCGCUCAAGUUCCAUGAAUACCAAGAGUGUGCCAGUCGCACCUCUAGCACGACGAUCAGCGACAGCUCCUGUGAUCGGUACAACCUCCGAUGAAUUCAUAGAUUAUGACAGGAGUUCAUCACCCGACCCAGAACCUUUCCCAAAGCGAGUAGUGCAAGCCGAAGUACCAACUCGGUACACUACCUCGUACUACCAUAUCCUUGGACUACCAGAGAGUCCUGAUGUUACCACCGAGGAAAUUGAAGAGGCCUUUCAAAAGCUCAUAUCAAAUCCAUCUUCCCAUCCAUCACACCACUAUGAUAAUCUGGAGCGGAUUCGUAAAACGCUCACUAGCUCCACUAGACGACGCACUUACGAUCAUGGUCGUCGUGCUCACUUACUACACCUAUCUCAACUGCAAGAUCGGGAGCGUUUUGAGCAAAAUCACAACGACUCUGACAACCUUUCAGAAGAUCGGCUGCGGUUUGAGAAAAUUCGCAACGACAGUGACAAUCUUUCAAAGGAUCGAAAGACUACUGCUCGAGAGGUUAAAGCCUUCACCGACAAUAUGAGAAUGAAAAGUCUAGAGAGCGAAUUGAAGAUGGUGAAGAAAGAGGUGGCGGCAACUUUUAAAAGAAAAGUUAAAGACAUGGGGCUGAGUAUGAGUUUGGAUGGAUUGGACGAGGAAGAGGGAGUACCUUGGGAGGAAAUGGAUUUUGGUACCAGGAGUUCCCAAAUUGUGGGAGAAAGAAUGGGUCUUGAAUUUGAAUUCAAUGGGUCUGGUAGUGAGGUGGAUUCCGGAGGUGAAGAUGGAUCUGAAGGCACCUUUUCAGACGGAGAGGAAGAACAAAAGGAGCCUAGAAGAUCGGAAGAGUCUGAGCAAAUCAAAAAGCUUGAGGAAUUUGAAGAAUUGUCUGUAUCUGCGAUGUCAGGACUAUUUUCAAAGAUAUCUUCUUCUGAACUUGAAGAGACUCCGAUUGCUCCAGAGACGAUUCCAAAAGAUGAUCAAAAGAAAUUGGAUGUCAAGGAAGAAAGACUGUCUGCGUCUGAAGAAACAGUACCAAUCCGACUGGCAGAUUUCUCUAAUACCGCAACGGCAUCGCUCCUUACAGAAAUAACCUCGAAGAGCGAACAAGAAAACCCCGAUACCAAGGACGCAGAUGAGAAGAUUCCAGAUUUCCCAAACAUGACUCCAGAGAUAAUCUCCAAAUCCGAACUCAACAGGGAACUUGUGGAAACCAAAAUUGCAAAACAAGAAAUUCCAGGAACUCUCAAACCCACCACAAACACCACCCCAACAACCUCCCCACCGCCCAUCGACACCGAUCUCCUCGAUCUCCCCACCAUCGUCGAACUCCUCUACCCAACACCUCUUCUCACCCCAGAAGCAAAGCCGAAAAAGAAAAAGGAAAAGAAUUCCUGCAAAGAAAUCUGGGAAUUCGACUACAACUCUGAUUCUGAGUACGCUUCCGAUUCCGAGUCCAACACUGAGCCUCCACUAGAAGAACUGAGAAUCCUUCCCGCCUCAUCCUCUCCAUCUCCAUCCCCAUCUCCAAGCCAAAUCCACGAACUCCCCGGCUCCGAAAUCUGGGAACUCGAUUACCCAAACCACAACCCUACCCCCACCCAAGAACAAGAAAAGGAGGAAGAGCACGAAACCAUCAUCCUCUUCCUCCAAUUCGUCAUUGUGUUUUCCCUCGCAACUGCGGCGUGGGGUUGGUUUGGCGGGGGGUGGGUUUUGAAUUUAGUUGUUGUUUGA